AGCGCGCAGGAGCCGCGGAGCGCAGCCAUGAGCCGCCGCGUGGUGCGCCAGAGCAAGUUCCGGCACGUCUUUGGGCAGCCGGUGAAGGCCGACCAGAUGUACGAGGACAUCCGCGUCUCCAAGGUGACGUGGGACAGCUCCUUCUGUGCCGUCAACCCCAAGUUUGUGGCCAUCAUCGUGGAGUCCGGCGGUGGGGGGGCCUUCAUCAUCCUGCCCCUCACCAAGACGGGACGGGUGGACAAGAACCACCCGCUGGUGACGGGGCAUACGGCGCCCGUGCUGGACAUCGACUGGUGUCCCCACAACGACAACGUCAUCGCCAGCGCCUCCGAGGACACCACCGUCAUGGUGUGGCAGGUCCCCGACUACGUCCCUGUGCGCAACAUCACGGAGCCGGUGGUGACGCUGGAGGGACACUCCAAGCGGGUGGGCAUCAUCUCGUGGCACCCCACCGCUCGCAACGUCCUGCUCAGCGCAGGCUGUGACAACCUGGUGAUCCUCUGGAACGUGGGCACGGGGGAGAUGCUGCUGGCACUGGAGGACAUGCACACCGACCUCAUCUACAACGUGGGCUGGAACCGCAACGGCAGCCUCCUCGUCACCACCUGCAAGGACAAGAAGGUCCGCGUCAUCGACCCCCGCAAGCAGCAGGUCGUGGCGGAGAAAGCCAAACCGCACGACGGCGCCCGCCCCAUCCGCGCCAUCUUCAUGGCCGAUGGCAAGAUCUUCACCACCGGCUUCAGCAAGAUGAGCGAGCGGCAGCUGGGCCUCUGGGACCUGGAGAGGUUUGCCCCCCACGAAGGGCUGAGGCCCGUGCGGGCCAUCUUCACGCGGGAAGGACACAUCUUUACCACGGGCUUUACCAGAAUGAGCCAGCGGGAGCUGGGCUUGUGGGACCCGAAGAACUUUGAGGAGCCCAUCGCUCUGCAGGAGAUGGACACAAGCAAUGGGGUCCUGCUGCCCUUCUACGACCCCGACUCCAGCAUCGUCUACCUCUGCGGGAAGGGGGACAGCAGCAUCCGCUACUUCGAGAUCACGGAUGAGGCACCCUACGUGCACUACCUGAACACCUACAGCAGCAAGGAGCCACAGCGGGGCAUGGGCUUCAUGCCCAAGCGCGGGCUGGACGUCAGCAAGUGCGAGAUCGCCAGGUUCUUCAAGCUGCACGAGCGCAAGUGCGAGCCCAUCGUCAUGACGGUGCCGCGCAAGUCAGACCUCUUCCAGGACGACCUGUACCCUGACACGCCAGGUCCCGAGCCGGCCCUGGAGGCGGAUGAGUGGCUGUCGGGGAAGGACGCGGAACCCAUCCUCAUCUCGCUGCGGGACGGCUACGUCCCCGUCAAGAACCGGGAGCUGAAGGUGGUCAAGAAGAACAUCCUGGACAACAAGCCCCCACCGGGCCCCCGCCGCAGCCACUCCACCUGCGACCCCGACUUAUCCCGGCCAGGCUUGGAGGAGGUGCUGGAGGAGAUCCGUGCCCUGAAGGAGACGGUCCAAGCGCAGGAGAAGCGCAUCUCCGACCUGGAGAACAAACUCUGCCAGUUCACCAACGGCACGGACUAGCGCGGCGGCCAUGGCCACGGGCAGGGCAAGGACUGCCCCGGCCCCCCCGGGGAUUAAAGCCGAGUCCCCGCAGAGGGCAGGA